CCCGCGGUGUCCGUCCUUCCUUCCCCCAUCAGCUGAGGGGCGGCCCGGGGCGCGCGGACCCGGGGACGAAGCGGCGGGACGCCCCCCGGCCCCCCGCGGCGCUGCGCCAAAAUGGCUGAUGGCAACGAGGAGCUGCAGGCGGCGGCGGCGGCGGCGGCGGAGGAAGACGACGACGACGACGAGGAGGAGGAGGACGACGACGAGGAGGACGAGGAGGAGGAGGAGGAGGAGGAGGAGCUGGGGCUGGCGGGUCCGGCCGAGGAGCCCCUGGAGCCCCUGGAGCCGGCCAGCCCCGCCGAGCGCAGCGGGCACGUAGCCGUCAGCGACGGGCGCCGCAUGUUCGUCUGGGGAGGCUACAAGAAUGCUCAAGUUAGAGGAUUUUAUGACUUUUAUCUGCCUCGAGAUGAAAUAUGGAUCUACAACAUGGAGACUGGAAGAUGGAAGAAAAAUAACACUGAAGGGGAUGUUCCUCCCUCCAUGUCAGGAAGCUGUGCAGUUUGUGUUGAUCGGGUGCUUUAUUUAUUUGGAGGACACCAUGCAAGAGGCAAUACAAAUAAGUUCUACAUGCUGAAUUCAAGAUCCACGGACAGAGCGCUGCAGUGGGUGAGGGUUGAAUGCCAAGGAAUUCCCCCUUCUUCAAAGGACAAACUUGGUGUCUGGGUAUAUAAAAACAAGUUAAUAUUUUUUGGAGGUUAUGGGUAUUUUCCUGAAGAUAAACAACUAGGAACAUUUGAAUUUGAUGAAACCUCUUUUUGGAACUCAGGCCUUCCAAGAGGGUGGAACGAUCACGUUCACGUUCUGGAUACAGAAACAUUUACCUGGAGCCAACCUAUAACUACUGGUAAAUCUCCUUCCCCUCGAGCUGCUCACGCCUGUGCUACUGUAGGAAAUAAAGGCUAUGUGUUUGGAGGCAGAUACCGUGACUCAAGAAUGAAUGACCUUCAUUAUCUUGAUCUGGACACAUGGGAAUGGAAUGAAUUAAUUCCCCAAGGCAUUUGUCCAGUUGGUCGAUCUUGGCAUUCCCUAACACCUGUUUCUUCAGAUCAUCUCUUUCUCUUUGGAGGGUUUACCACUGAUAAGCAACCACUAAGUGAUGCCUGGAUUUAUUGCAUCAGUAAGAAUGAGUGGAUACGGUUCGAGCACAACUAUACUGAAAAACCAAGGUUAUGGCACACAGCUUGUGCAAGCGAAGAGGGAGAAGUGAUUGUCUUUGGUGGGUGUGCCAACAACUUGCUUGCCCAUCACAAAGCAGCUCAUAGUAAUGAAAUUCUGGUCUUCUCACUACAGCCCAAAUCUCUCGUAAGGCUCUGCCUCGAAGCAGUGAUUUGCUUUAAGGAGCUACUAGCCAGCUCAUGGCAUUGCCUCCCCAAACACUUGCUGCACAGUGUAAAUCAGAGGUUCGGUAGCAACAAUACAUCCGGAUCUUAAGAUCUCCCGUCAGCCACUCCUCCCUCCCGGCAGCCUUGCAUGGGCAAGCGGUUCUAGAAGAUGUAACGAUUUCACGUGGUGUGGCAGGUGUGUAGGUCAUUUUUGUAUAAUUUAUCUGCAUUGUAGUGUGUGCUUCCUGACUUUAAUUUGCAUGUGAAUGGCCUAGAGAACCUAUUUUUGUGUAAGACGGUUUGCAAUAAAUGUAUUUCAUGCACA